AUGUCAAGAGUCAUAAACCUAGUUCAUGAUCUCGUUUUGAGGAGAGAUCGCGAGGCAGAACAAAAGGAGAACCUGGCAACAACCAUCAAAGCAUUACGACAGACAGAAGCGAAGCAAACACGUGAAAUUGAACGGCUUCAAGCCAAAACAACGGAUUUGUCUCGAUUGUUGGGCCUUGCAGAAGGUCAGGAACGCGCCCUCAAAGCGACUAUCCAGAGCGCAGAAACUACAAACAGAGGGUUGAAAGAACAGGUACAGCGCAUGAAGACCUCUAUUCAACAUAUUAGAAGCCAGUGUACGACGGAUAUUCGGAAACGAGAUGUUGAGCUCCAAAGACUUAAAUUGCAUCUUACUGACCGGCAAAGGGGCAAGCGAGAGGGACUUGGGGUAACAACGAUAACAAUAACGCCCAUGCCGAAAGCUAGUACGGGCCGGAAGGCAUUAGAACGUGGAGAAGGCCUGGAAAGCGCUGGAUAUAGUCUCAAGCAAGAGACGACAGAAUUCCUAACCAAUCUAUGUCAAGAACUCAGUGACGAGAACGACGCAAUGAUUGGCAUUGUGAAAAAUACACUUCAAACACUACGGAACUUGCAGGGUCUGUCGGAUUUACCGGAAAAGGACUUCCAUGAACAAGAUAUGCUUGGUUCCAGAGCUUGUGAAGGUAGCAGCUUCGAGACCUCAGCUGUGGAACUCACUCCUCAAUAUGAAAAACUCUCCGCGGAAAUGGACUUGGUGCUCGAGCAACUUAGGUCGCUGCUCACUAAUCCCUCGUUUGUACCUUUAGAGGAAGUUGAAGUACGGGACAAUGAAAUAUAUAGGUUGAGAGACGGCUGGGAAAAGAUGGAAGAACGAUGGAAGGAGGCUGUUUCAAUGAUGGAUUCAUGGCACAAACGAAUGGCUCAGGGAGGACUGUCGGUUAAUAUUGAUGAACUCGAGCAAGGAAUGGGACUUGGGCUAGGGAUUGAUAAACCCAAACGUGGUAGACCUGAACCACAAGGAAGCUUUGGCCUGUCAAUAUAUAACGAAAACGACACUGAGGGAAUGGGGAAAGGCAACUCUAACACCCAAGGAAACACAAACCCUACCGAUGUGCCCAUGUCGAGUCCAGCAAAGACCAUGGACCAUCGUCGUGUCCUUGGCGAAGGAACUGGAAAUGCAUCCCGAAAAAUAUCCGCUCGACGUUGCAGGAGAAGUUCGAAAGACGGUUCGGAAUAUAGCGAUGAUGAGCUUGCUCUGUCGACUAAAUCGAAAGCGGCGCAGCAUACCCAGAAGAAAACCCAGGGGGUUAUUGAAUCGAAAAUUCCUAAGCACAAAAUAAAAUCAAGAUCAAGGAUGUCGACUACCGAAAAACUCGCCAAUGUUGAGUCAGAAGCCAAAGAAGCAGAAGCAGAACGCAAGAAGAGCGAAAGAAGAAAGAGAAGUAAUUCGUCAAUACGAUCAAAUGCGAAGACAAGACGUCGAAAAAGUACACUAACGCCCCAAGAGUUGGAAGAUCUACUCCACGCUGGUAUCUAA